UUGUGAUAGAAAUAAACAAAGAAAAGAUAUAGAGAAACAAGAAUGGAAGUAACUCAAGUACACAUGAAUGGAAGCCUUGCAGAAGCAAGCUAUGCAAACAACUCCUUACUUCAGCGAAAGGUGAUUUCUUUAACAAAACCUUUGAGAGACGAAGCUAUAACCAACCUAUAUUGCAACACACUUCCCAGAAGCUUGGCAAUUGCAGACUUGGGUUGCUCUUUUGGGCCAAACACUAUGUUGGUGAUAUCAGAAAUUAUCAAAGGUGUGGAAAAACUUUGUCAAGUGCAUCAUCAUAAAUCUCCUGAAUAUAAAGUAUUUUUGAAUGAUCUACCGGGAAAUGACUUCAACAACGUAUUCAAGUCCCUUGACACCUUCAAAGAGAAACUACGUGAUGAAAUGGAAACUAAAAUAGGCCCGUGCUACUUCUAUGGAGUUCCUGGUUCAUUUUAUGGCAGAAUUUUUCCAGAUAAUAGUUUGCAUUUUGUUCAUUCCUCGUAUAGUCUUCAAUGGCUAUCUAAGGUUCCAGAGGGUGCUGACAACAACAAGGGAAACAUUUACCUGACGAGCACAAGCCCCUCAAACGUCAUCAAGGCUUACUACAAGCAAUUUCGAACAGAUUUCUCUUUUUUUCUUCGAUGUCGUGCCAAAGAAUUAGUUGAAGGAGCUCAAAUGAUUCUAACACUUUUAGGAAGGAAAUGCGACAAUCCAUCAAGCAAGGAGUGUUGUUACAUUUGGGAACUCAUGGCUAUGGCCCUUAAUGAUAUGGUCUUGCAGGGAAUCAUUAACGAAGAGAAAAUCAAUACUUUCAACAUCCCUAAUUAUUAUCCAUCUCCAUCUGAAGUGAAGUUGGAAGUUCUCAAUGAAGGAUCAUUUGUCAUCAAUAAAUUGGAGGUUUCUGAAGUUAAUUGGAAUGCUCUUGAUGAUUGUAAUGCCUUUGACUUUGAAUCUGAAAUGUCAGAAUCACUCAGAGAUGAUGGAUACAAUAUGGCACAAUGCAUUAGGGCUGUGGCUGAACCUUUGCUAGUUAGUCACUUUGGUGAAGGUGUCAUUACAGAGAUUUUUGACCGCUAUAGAAAAAUUUUAACUGAUCGGAUGUCCAAAGAGAAAACUAAGUUCACCAAUCUUAGCAUAUUGUUGACAAGAAAACCUUGAGCAAAAACAUUUUUGGUUUCAAUUUUAUAUAUGCAGUUUAAAAUAAAUUGCAAAAUUGUGUCAGUGGUUAAUUUGCAUUAUUUUCCUUGUCAGUGAUUAGCUAGGAAAUGUUAUGAUGGGGGAGUAAUAAUUUAGCAGUACCAAUAUACAUGUUGUUAGUUAUUUGUUGUGAUAU